CCCGUGCCUUGCCAGUGGCCGAUUGCUCGACGGCCUGGCCACCUGGCCGCACUUUGGCCUCAAUUGCUUCGACGCAGGGCCCCCCGAGCCCGCCAAUCCGGCGGAGGCGAUGUCCGAAGCAUCAAUUGGAUACUGCGCUUGAUUCACGACAGCCGAAUUGAUUUGCAGGUGCGUUGUGGUCCAUAUCCUCGAGCAAUUGGAAGGCGGUGCGCCGGACGGGCCGCGAGGGUCGGGAAAUUGGGGAAUAUUUCAGCUACCGGAGCCGCGUAUCGGUAGCUGCUGCUUCGUUCGAGCAAUUCGAGCCUUUGUUAGCGUUGAAGGGCGGGUUGCCAGGUUCCUGCUUGUCAACCGCCGACAUUUACGGGACGUCGUAUCAUCUGCAAAAGGAUCUCUUUGUGACAAGGAGCAAUUUGAGGCAUUUUUGGCUACAUGUGGAUAACAGAACACAGGUGCCUUUAGAGUGAAAUACCAGGACGUUUACUCCAGAUUUCAGUAUGGGUUCGGACAGCUCAUUUGUCAUGUCCAGGCUCGGAAGUAUUUCGCUGGCUAGAAUUGAGCAGUGCCACGCGCAGGAUGGUCAUUCUCAAGCAAGGUAUCCCGGCCCUUUCCCUUCCUGUAGUGGAACAAGAAGCCCUGUGAGAUCUCAGGACCUUCGGUGUGGCGUUGAUGAUUUUCAUGGUGCGGCCCUACGGUUGUCACCUUCAGCAACCUCGGCUAGAACUGAUAUUGGAAAGCAAAGGACGGGAACUUACAGAUUGUCAAGUCUAUCCGACAACUAUCAGUUUUUGAACUCCGAGGUUGUCCAAAGGAGAAGAUCGUUCGCUUUUGAAAGUGUUUCUGUAAAGGAUAAUCGAAAUUCUGGUUUUGGUCCAAGUAACUUCUUGGGUUCCACAAGGAAGCCUCUCGGACAGUUGGGAGCGAAUCUUCAUGGGACGCACUUUGAGAAACAAUCACGAAAAUUGAGUCCAUCUGGAAGACGAGAUUUGGUCAUUUCUGCUGCAGCUACAGCAGAUUCGGAUCAAACACUACCAAGCCAAAACGGAGGUGGGGAGAAGCCAACACCAACGAAGCCACAUCCAGAGGUGCAUCCUGCUGAUGUUGUAAAGGCUCAAUUGAAAGCGUUACGAGAGAAGGAUCUUGCUACCGUAUUUGAGUUUGCAUCACCGAACAAUAAAGCAAGAACCGGGCCACUUUCGAGGUUUUCAGAAAUGCUAGAAGGACGGGCCUACAAUGUUAUGAUCGGCCAUGUCAGGGCUGAGGUGCUGAGCACUAUAACCAUCAGCGACAACCGCUUUCAGCAGCGAAUUGUCAUCGAAGGUGCAACAGGAAACAAGGCUACUUUUCAGUGGUCUCUAUCACGUCAGGAAGAAGGUCCCUUUGAAUCUUGCUGGAUGACGGACACAGUGCGCAGGGAUGAAUGAUCUCCAAGACACAGUUCUUUAUCAGAUUUGAAGCGGACAUAGUCCUCAUGUAAUAGAUAACUGGAGGAAAAGGGCUGCCUCCAUCUUUUGCAGACUGUUAGUACCUACCUAUGUAAUAUAACAAAGUCUCAACUGUAACGUAGGUCCGACCGGUUCGUACCGGUAGUCUCCAUUUUCGAACUUUCUUCUAUACGAUUCUCUUCAAUUAGUCAAUCAAGUGACCUACAUUGAAGCUUGCAAGCACUAGUGGCUGAAUUGGCUGUUAUCUCAACAGCGCGUACAGGACAUUUUUUUGGCAGCUAUACGCAUGGCUGUCAGGAGACUGAAGGAACUCGUUUGAGAUGUAAGGCUCGCUG